AUGAAAAAGCUUUAUUAUCACGAGAAUCCGAAUUCAAGUGUUUUCAAACCACGGCCCCCUUAUUUGACGAAUUUAUCCGAAUUAUCAAAAUGGAAGGCUAAAAAUGAUGAAUUUAAUGUUGCAAAAGUUAACUUGCGAGAAAGGCCUGUAUUCAGAAAUAAUACCACACAAGAAGAGAAAAAUAAAAGAGAUUGUCAAGUGGUUACAUUGAAAACUUCUUCAAAAUCGGAUAUAGCAUUCAGUAUUGGCAAUAUCUUCUCCCACCAUCGAAUUACAAUACCACCUCCACAAUGGACUAAUACUGCUCAUCGAAAUGGUGUUAAAGUUCUAGGAACUUUUAUUACCGAAUGGGUCAGAGAUAUGCUAGAAAAUGAAUUGUGGGUACGAGGUCCACACACGAAAGUUCCGCUUGAUGAUUCUGAAAAUGUUGAUCGAAGGGUAGUCAGUACUGUGUUUGCGGAUAAGUUGGUUUCAAUGGCUAUAUAUUAUAAUUUUGAUGGUUGGUUUAUCAAUAUCGAAUCUCCUUUGAUUGGUGGUUCUCUCCACGCUCUUCAAGUCAUCACUUUUAUGAACUAUCUUACUCAACAAAUGCAUAAGCAUAAACCUGGAUCUGUUGUUCUUUGGUAUGAUUCUAUCACUAAAGAAGGAACACUUUCUUGGCAAGAUCAAUUGAAUGAUUUAAAUUAUCCAUUUUUUGAUGUAACCGAUGGCAUUUUUAUUAACUACACUUGGUCUGAAGAAUACCCCGAGUUAUCGGCUCGGAAGGCUGGUUCUCGGAGUCGUAAUGUCUAUACUGGUAUUGAUAUUUGGGGCCGUAAUACUUAUGGUGAUGGCGG